AUGUUUUUACGCCCGAUCGCGAGGGCGUCGCCCCUUCGGCUCGCGACCGCGCUCCCGGCUCAGCGACUUCCCGUCAUUCAACGUCGAACUUUCAUGCCCGACUCCAUGACGGGCCAAGGAGGCGUCAUCGGCCAGAAAUAUCCCGACUCGGACUACAAGGGCCUCACUGCAGAAGAGGACCCGGAUAUGAACGGCGGCUAUGUCAAUCCUCCUCGAAUCAAGCGUCAGUUCCGCGACCCUCACGGCGACUGGUGGGACAAGCAGGAGCGGAGGAACUACGGCGAGCCGGUGCACGAGGACCACGAUAUGAUGGGAAUGUUUACCCCGUACGAGUACACCUGGGUGACGCCUGGUAAGGGCUUGGCACAGAUUGGUGCCUUCGUUGCCGUCGUUCUCAGUCUAUGCUUGGCCGUAAAGCAGGUGUACCCGGACAAGCCCUCGUAUCCACGAGAGUUCGAGGGCGGCCUGGUGAAAGAGCUGGGUGGGGCUGGUGCUGUGCGAGUAAGUUUAUGGCUGCCUGCUACGCGCGACAUGGACAGAUUUCGAACACGAAUUGCCAACUAA